GCAGUGACGAAGACGCGCCCCACCGAAAUGCUUUUCCGCUGCACACGCCUGCGGCUCUCCCCACGCGCCUUCGUGCCAGCAGCAAAGCUGCGCACCCUCCUGUGCAGCUGCGGGCUGCAGGAGGUGGUGACGGCGCACGGCGACGACUUCGCAGCGGAGGUGGCGACACGCACGGCGUACCAGCAGUUUGCACCGCUCUUCACGCCGUACUUCACACUGGAGAGCCAGCACCUCACGAUGCUCGGCGACACCGCCAUUGACGAGUUUCUCUCGCGCGCAAUACUCGACUACGCGAUGCACGCCGGCCUCGUGCUGACGGUGAACGCCACAAAGCAGCUCAACGCGGUGAUGCACAAUCACUACGCGCUGCGGCUGUUUGCGAAGGAGCUGCGCUUCGACGAGCUGGUCGUCCCGCUCAGCAUGAGCAACGCUUCUGGUGAUGGCCCGGCUGCAGAGGCGGCGGGCCUUGACUUCCUGGAGCCGCAGCACGUCGGGCUGAGCGGGCAUGACGUCGCGGGGACGUCGUUUCACGAUGCGCCGCUGCGCGCCGGCCAGAGUCCACUCGGGUGGAUGUUCUCCCACUUUGUUGGGGCCGUGCAGCAGGUGUUCGGCCGUGACGCUGCGCGGCUGCUGUUAUCGCACACGUACGGCGGUCUCGACGCGAACCUCCCCGGCUGUGCGGCGGCGCUGCUGCUACGCACGCUGCAGCACUUUCCCGCGGCGAACGUCACGGAGGCGGUGCUCGCCGCUCAGGGCUUGCCGCUUCGCUUCGUCGCCAAAACACGCGUG